AUGAAAAUGAAUAUCUCCGAAAGGCAGAAAGAGGAAAUGUUAGUUUUUUCUUUCAAUGAACUCAAUUAAAUACAAUAAAACCUGAUUGCCUCGUUUUUUUUUUGAAUUUUUUGAGCGUAUAUGAAAAAGAGCACUAAAGUGAAAUUUUGAAAUAUACAAUGGUUGUUGAACUUUUGAAUGGUCGGUGAGCUUUUAUGCAAAAAUAAGGAAUGAAUUGUAGUGUUUUUUUUUUCUCAAUUUCGUCAGCAUUGUCAUUCGGCCAUAGGUUCUUUUUGCCAAUAAAGCCGGAGUAGUGGCAAUCGAAGGCUAGAAAAAAGAACGAAGGACGCGCCGAUGAAAUGAAAUUUGCCUGCAUGUCACUCUCUUUCUCUGUGCAAGACAUUUCUGUUUCAGAAAUCGAGCAAUCGCUGAUUACCUUCAAUCACAUGGGUACUCUGAGUCAUUCGCCAUGUUUCAAAAGGAAGCAAGUUUGGUAAAUAAUAUCGAUCGAUUUAAUUGAUCACAAACACGAUUUGAAGAGUGAGAAUGACACCAAGGCGUUGAGUGGAAUACUCGAGAAGAAGUGGACCUCAGUUCUGCGACUCCAAAAAAAGGUUUUUCAUAUCUUUAAACCAAAGUUUACGAGUAGUAAUUGUGAAAGAAGUUUAAACCUUCAAUUUCGCUAUAUUUUUUCGGUUUCUCUUUUUCAAGCAUCAAAAAAGAUUCUUGGCUUGACAGACUUUUGUCAGAAAAGCUCUCCCAAUCACCAUGAUCAUAAAUACUAAAUACAACUACAAGGCCAAUAGAUUUUUUUCUCCUAAAAAUAAUUGGAAACUAUUUUUUUGAAAAAAACAAAUUUCUAUGAAUAAAAUCUAUUAUUUGAAAGUUUUUCUAUUUCAUUAUUAUAUAUAUAUACUUUAUCUGCAAACUCUGAACAAAAAAAUCAAUAUUUUUUUGAUUCUUUUUCUCAUAUUUUACUGCAUAAAGCGUAACCGAGGCUUUUCCUCCAUUGCAAUUUUUUUUUUCAUCUUGUAAUAAAUAAUGUAAAUGGGAACAUUUAAGGUGAACGACCUGGAAACGCGGCUAAGUGAAUCGCAACGCGAAGUCAAUCACGGCGUUCCAACGAGGUUCGAAUCAUUUCAUUUUUGCGUAUGAUCAAGUUGUGUGUGUUUUAAGAGACAAAAGACAAGCGUCGGAAUGGAUUCCGAGGCCACCAGAGGUUCAAAAAAUGACAGGUCAUCGGUUACCAAUAACGAGGGUCGUUUUUCAUCCCGUUUGGGCCGUUAUGGCCAGUUCCAGCGAGGAUUCAACCAUCAAGGUUUUUAUUUUGAGUUGCUUUUCUAUUUCUGUUUUUUUAAGGUAUGGGACUAUGAAUCCGGGGAGUACGAACGAACGCUGAAAGGUCACACGGAAGCCGUUCAGGACAUCGCCUUCGAUUCAACUGGAAAACUAUUAGGUCAGUUGCAAUUCAACCCGAAAUUUUAUGAGCAAAACGGGAAAGUCUUUACAAAAUUAGCCUAGAUCUUCAAGACGAUAAAAAAAAGAAAAAAAGCGACGCCUGAGCUAUUUUAGCCGUAAUAGAAUUUUUUUUUUUACUUUUUGAUUUUAAUAUUUUGUAUAUUGUAGUCGAUUAAAUUGUUUUUUUAGCUUUUUCACAUAUUCAACUGUAAUUUUGCGCCAAAAAAGACUUUUUCGCAUUUUCCGUCGGCUUUUCUCACUUCCAUAAUGUUUCUGUGUGCAGUAUCUUGUUCUGCGGACAUGACGGUCAAGUUGUGGGAGUUCGGGGGCAUGUAUUCGUGUCUGAAGACGUUGAAGGGCCACGAGCACAACAUCUCCUCUGUUUGUUUCCUUCCUCAAGGAGACUUCGUCCUCUCCGCCAGCCGCGAUCACACCAUCAAGCAGUGGGAUGUGAGAACAUUUCUAUCAUUAUUGGUUUCUUCUCGAAUUCGAGAGUAGGUUUGAAUCCUGCUGGAAUUUUGCUCAAAAAUCGUUUAUAAGACUGAAGUUAUGGCCAAAAAUACCUGCGAAUUGAAAAAAAAACGAGACGAUCACAAAAAUCAAUUAAAAUUGUCCGAGUAAUUGUAUUUAUUGAAUUUUCAUCAACGUAGCUUUGAAAAAAAAAUAAUUUGUUUCAGAUCUCGUCAGGAUUCUGCGUCUACACGUUCCGGGGACAUUCUGACUGGGUGCGGAUGGUUCGAGUCGCCCCUGACGGAGUUCAUUUCGCUUCCGGGGGCCAUGAUCAGGUUUUGAUUUCGUUUUCUGCUAGAUUUGCCGCUAGAGUUCAUUGCAAUUUGAUGCCAAUUAGAACUUUCGGAAUUAGAGUUUUUUUUUAAAUAACAUAUCAGAUGCGUUUUCUCAAAUUUCAAGAGCUCGUUAAAAUUUCUACGGAUUUUUUAUUGUGCGAUGUCCAUAAUCUCCUGUUUUUUCAACUUGACGGCUCCAAAAUUAUUUUAGAAAAAAUACUUCAAAAUGUUUCCAUUCUGUUAUAUGAAAAUAAUAAUUUUCAUGUUGAUAUCCACGUUUUUUUUUUUGAAAAGAGAAGUCCUAUUCAAAGCCUGGUUCGCAUUUCAAAUUUUACUCAUUUCUCUGCUAAGUAAUUGAAUCGAAGAAGUUUACUAUUGAUAAAUUCUUAACGGAAAUGUGCGGUAAACUUAGACGUAAAAAAGAUUUUUUGUACUGAAGUUUUUGAUUCUUUUUUAUCAGAAGGAGAAUUUAUUUUGUCACACCUGGAAACUUUAAUAAUCUGCAAUUGGAAGAAAAACAAAUCACUCGUUUCAAAAUUUCUUCUAUUUCUGGAUUACAGACGGUGACAGUAUGGUCGACGGCGACGAAACAGGCGAAAUUGGUUCUUCGUGACCACGAACACGUCGUCGAAUGCAUCGCCUGGGCUCCAGAAUCGGCUCUUGCUCACGUCACCAAUUCGGGUGAAUUCUUCCGUUGUUUAUUCGCAUUUUUUUGUUUUUCAGCCACAGCCACUGAAUCUAUGGUUCAAAUCUUGUUCAGCGGAUCCCGCGAUCGAACGAUUAAGGUGAUCUUUUUCAGCAGAGUUUUUGAGUUUGGUCGAUUGGAAACGUACUUGAAAGAAAGAGUUUUUCGCCAUAAACGAAUCAACUUUUUUUUUUUGGCUUUCUUAAGAUUUAGCAAUAAAUAAGAAUAUUUUUCUCAGGCCUGGGAUGUAUCGACAGGAAGCGUUCUUUUCUCUUUGGUAGGCCAUGACAAUUGGGUCCGAGACCUCGCUUUCCAUCCCAAAGGAAAGGUGAGUAUCGAGUGAAAAAAAAAUAUUAGGAAGAUUUUUCGGAGAAAUCGCACAAAAAUUAUGAUUCAUCACGUGACGUUCUGAAAAGUUUGAGAGCCGAAAAAGAUGAAAAACCUCUGAAACUUUCGCCGAUAAGUUGAACAAAAAGGCCUUUCCAAUCAUUUUUUAGAUUUGAUACGAUUGAGCUUUUUCGUUUCAGUGUGAACAGAUGAGAAAAAUUUUUUUCUAUUUCUGAGAGGGGAAGUUCUUUUUGAAAGUCUCCACGGACUUCAUCAGUUUUUUUCGCGGUUACCACGUAGAAGUCUCGAAAAGCUUAAAUUUUUUUUUUUUGAAGGAUCUUCUCGCUGAAUAUUCAGCUGAACAAACUGAUUACACGUUUUCCAGUUUUUGGUCUCGGUUUCGGACGACAAAACUAUGCGGACGUGGGAUUUGCCGCAGAGAAGAUGUGCCAAGAUGAUCGAUGCCCACGAACACUUUGUUACCUGCAUUGGUACUUUUUAUUUCUUUAAAAUUGACUCCAUACCUCGUAAUUCUAGCAAAAGCAUUCGAAAGCUUCUUCUUUUCAGAUUUCCAUCCAACGUCGCCUUAUGUCAUCACGGGCAGCGUCGACCUUUCUUGUAAAGUUUGGGAAUGUCGCUGAGAAAUACUUUUUUAUAUUUUAUCAAAUUUUUAUCAUUUCUCGUAAUUUCAUUUCAUCCUUUCAAAAUUGUUAAUUCAUAAUAUCAUUAUUUGUUUUCUUGAGUGAAAUUUUGUGUAUUCCCUGUUUUGGGCGAAGAUUAGUGGAGAUUGAGGCUCGCUUUAUUGUGGUUGUGACCGAGCUGGAUGAAAAUGCUGGAAGUCGUUUUCUUUUUGAAAAAGAAAUGAUUCGAAUGGAAGGCUAACGGUUGCGGAAGUGGGUAUCUGAAAGUUUAUUUUUCGGAUUUAAGUUGCAUAUGAGUUUCGUGAGAGGAAUCCUGUUUUGAACGGGAAAAAUUAUUUCUCGGGAUUUGUUUUGAAAUGAGGUUUGGUCUUUGUUCACAGAGCUAAAAAUCCAACCUUUAAAAAAUUGAUUUUUGAUUUCAAUGAACAGCUUGUGAUUUUUCCAACAGAGAAAGAACGAUAUUUUAACUUUAGCCUCAAAAACAAAAAUAUUUUUACAUAACUUUCCGAAGAUACCCACCAAACGACCUUCUCCUGAUGUGUUUCCACAUCCUAUUUUCUCGCUUUUGCGCCUUUUUUGUGCUCAGAUAUUUGUAUCGAAUGAGUCCACUUUUUUCUUUCCGUCUUGUGGAAUGGCUUUUUUUCGCUUUCACUUCUUUUCCGGUACUGCUUCCCUUUUCUAUUUCUUAAGCUUAAUACGUCUUGUAUUUUUUUUUAAAUCCCGCCUUUUUCUGGUAAAAAGGCUUUUUUGCGUGUAAUAGUUACAUUUAUAUUGUUUGCACUCUUUAUUUUAAGAUUCAGCUAGGUAUGAUAUCUAUCUGCGUUAUCAUAUUCAAUAGCCUUUCAUCUUUUAAUAAAUUGCUUUUCAUUUUUCCACGAAAAAAGUAGCAGAGAAAAAAGGAAGAGACGGAAAUUAGUUUCCAUUCUGAUAUGCUCGCCAUCGCCGCUGCUGUUCUUCUUCUCGCAGGUUUGGCGAAUUUCAGACUCGAAAUUGCUUUUUACAGGUGAUUGCGAAGCUUUGAAGUGCUGGAAUUGUGUGGGAACUGACUGCGACAGUAAUCCAGGGACAGGAAACUGGCAACAGAUGGAAUGUGCCGAGGGAAGCCAUUGUCAGGUUUCGACUCAGCAAGGUUCCCUGGACGAAGUUCGUCUUCAGAAAACGAAGCUGCACUUCUACAGCAACGCCGACAACAUGACCUACGUGACAGCGGCCGUCCGCAGUUGUUCUUAUGAGACAGGUCAGUUCAAACAUCGUAGUUAAGAAUUGAAGUUUUUUUCAGAUUGGUGAAAAUCCAAAGACUUUCAAGUCAAUAGUGUUGAGGAAACGUUGAAAAAGUUUCUCUAGGUUAUAUGGGUUACUGUGUUUUUUUUUUUUUGAAAAUAAUAAGCCUUUAUAUUACGAUUUGCUCUUCGUCAACUAAAUCGUAUAUAAUAUUAUAAAUUGGCUAAAAUUUCUCCUUUAUAGGCUUGAAAGCUUAUAGCUACGGUUGGAAGAAAUGGCUAAAAAAGUUGUGCUCGCAAUCCUGACCUGGUUACAUGAUAACACAUCAAAAUCAAAAAAAAAAUUUUUUCUGUAACCGUUGAUUUUGAGAAUUACAGAGACAGCGUGUUAUUUCGGUGAAAAAAGGGCUUUUUCAACCGUCUUUUCAUGAACUUCUAAAGAAGAAGUUCUAAUCCCAUUAGGAAGCUGCUUUUUACCGAUGAAAUUUACAAAAAAAAAACAACCAAUCUAUAAAUUCACCUCGGUGUUUUUUUUAUGAACAUAACAAAAAUUUGGAGAGCGUUUUUCGGUUCCUACCAAUCGAAGAAAUGGCUGUAUUUGGUUCAGGAUGCAUGGCGCAGCGCGUCGACCGCUGCGCCUCGAAUCUGGCUCUCUUGGCGGGCAAUGGAUGUCCCGAAAGGGCUUGUUGCGCCACAGAUCUGUGUAACUCCAUCCGAAGAUCGCUCGCAGGUCUCCCGCUUCUUUUGUUCCCUUUCAUUUCUUUCCAGUGA